AUGGAAAACCAGCUAUGGCAGAAUACCCAGGGCUGCUGCCAUCAAUACCAAGAAAAUCCCCAGGAUGUUGAGGACCUCUUACUCCUGCUGCUGGGCCUCAUCAUUCUUGUCAACAUCAGCAUCAACAUUACAACUGUGAUGUGGCAUGGGCUCCAGAACGUCUUGGACAAGAUGAUCGACUGUACUAAUCAGAAAAAUGAAGUUCAGACUAGUGAAAGUUCCCCCAAAGAUCCCCCAGCCAAGGCCCAGGACGUCCACAUCCACUGCAAACUGGACCCUGUACAGCUGAAGAUGGCCCAACCCACACGCUACUCCUCUUUCUCCUGCCACCAUCUCCGCAACCACCAUCGCCACCACCCCUGUCGCCGCCGUUUUCGCCACUGCAGCCGCCAGCAGCGGCUGCAGAAACACAGACAACACCCCCACAGCCACUCAGCCUUCCGUAACCAACAUCACAGGCACAAGAUGUCACAGCUGCAGCCAAUACCUUUCUUUGAUCAGGAGGACCCGGAGGAGGAGGAUGACCUGUCAUUGCCAUAUCCCAAGUACCCACGUGGCGGCUGGGGUGGGCUCUAUCGGCGAGUGGGUCCGCCCUCCAACGUGGGGCUGUGGGGCCUUCAGGGUGGAAUCCUAGCCAGCCUGCCGCCACCCUCUCUCUACCUGUCACCAGAGCUGCGCCGCAUGCCCAAGCGCGUGGAGGCCAAGUCUGAGCUGAGGCUGCAGUCCUACAGGCCCCAUUAUCCACAGUCCCGAACCUGGGGUAAUGUGGAGGAAGAACAGUGGGCCCAGUCUCCACCACCUCCCCGCCGGCUGCCCCCUAACCCCACCUUGGUCCCUGGGGGGUACAGCCCUUACUCCUCAGUAGGCCGGAUACUGUAUGACUCCUGGGAUCAGCGGCGGCGUGUUGUGGAGGGCUCUGAGCCCCCACCUGCCUUGGUGUCCCGGAACUCCCGGUCUGAGGCCCAGGGCUACCGGGAACACUACUCCCCACAGUCCCACCGGCGUAGCCUGCCCGGUCAUGCUCACAGUCAGUCCAACCGCAGCCCCCACCCGUCUGUGGGACACUUGGGCUAUUGCUCCCGGGAACCCCAGGAAGCACGGCGCCGGGCAGCUGACUGGGCUGAGGCUCUGCCCGUUCGGCAUCCUCUGACUACCUCUGUCUCCCUCACGGUGCUGGGUGAGACCUCACACCAAAGGGUCCCAGCUCCCAGCCCAGUCCUGCUGCCUCACUCCUCCCAGCCCCUGCCUGAAGCCCAGGCUGCUGAUCCUGCCCCACCUCCAACCACUUUCAUCCCACUCAGCCGGAAUCCAGGGGGCAAUGCCAAUUACCAGCUGUAUGAUAGCCUAGAGCUGAAGCGGCAGGUGCAAGAGGGCAGAGUGCGUGCCAACUCACUGCCACCGCCUUCCACCUCAGCCUCGAGGCCCUCUCUGCACAGGAGCCGGACUGGGAAACUCAACUGA